AUGCAUAAAGUGAUCUUUAUUGUGCGGCCGGUACGUCGUAGAAAAAGUAAAUUAAAAACGUCGGCGUCGGCCUAGUUAGUUAAACGACGCGAUGGUCACUAAUUGCUGAUAACGCUGCUGCAGCUUACACAUCGGUGUAGAAGAAAUGUAACACGUAAGAAAGCGAUCGAUCGAAGCGCACGAAAUUGUUCGUGUUCUCGUGUUCUCACGAAGAGAAUCAUAUAAAACAGCGAAUAUAGACGUGUAUAUAUUCGAAAUCAAUCGGCACACCCAUGAACAGAGAGACAUGCACAGAUAUCGAGAUACCUUCUCUAAUCUAUCUAAUGGAGAAAUUUUCAAAUAUUUCCAAAUCGCUUAUAUAUAGAUUGCACAUUUGUGUAAAUUCAUUAAUCAUUCGUAUGAAAAUGAUAACUCAUGCUUUAUUUUAUUAUAAAUAUUAUUAUUUUAUUAUAAAUAUUAAUGUUAAUAUUAAUUUAGAUACUUUCCGUAAGUUCUCUCGGGGGUUCAAUCUUUUAAUUUUGAACUCGUUCUGAAAUAUUUCUGUAAUCGUUCUUUUUAUGUGAAAUAUUAUUUAGAAUACGAAUCUAGUUAUUUUUAAAAAUUAUAAGAGCGAUACGUAGAAAAUAUAAACCAAAUCAAUAUCUAUAUCGUGUAUUUUUUUUUUUAUUUAAAUCAGCAAUCUCGCUGAAUAUGAUAAAAAAAAAAUUUACAAAUAAGAAUGACUAACUUUGACAAAUAUAAAAUAAAUUGGCAAUUUAAAUUGGAAUUCAAAAGCAAGUUCUAUUUUUUUUUUUUUUUUUAGGAAUAAAAUGGCCACAGAGAAAUAUCUAUGUUCGAGCAAAGUUUGAGAUUUUCAUGGCAUUGCAUUAUCCUAUGGUACACGCUGCUAAAGAGUCAAAAAUAGACACGCGUUCCCAGGUUUUACAUCGCUUGGUGGAAGUAUUUUUAAUGGAAGAUUGCAACGAGAACAAUAUAUUACAAAAAUUCAUCGAACCUCACAGCAUUAUAAAAGAGGAGAAUAGCAAAACAUCUUCAAAAUCAAAUAGAGAAGAUAUAUCAGUCUUGAUAAGAUGUGCCUCGUCACAUGUUUAG